UUCCCUAAGGCUUAGUUAAGCCCCGCCCACUGCGGUUCUAGCAUCGGUGGUCUGUUAAGAUGGAAACGUCGAUAACAUCCUGAUUCUGCUAUUAAAUUUGAAAUAUCAUAUACCAAAAUGGAGAAUGACUAACAUGCUUUCUCCUGGUAGUUUUAUUUUUUGUCUGUUUUGUUUGUAACAAAAGUUAUCAACUCACCUGUAAAUUUUUUUUAAGUCAGAGACUGGUACAUGUACUGUACGGAUAAAAGCUAAGCCGAUUACGUUUGAUGUCCACUGUCCGGUCCUGUGUAUUCGGGCGCGAGCUAUUUCUGAUAGAUAGAUUCGAUCUAUUUAUUUAUUUCCAGCCCUUUCCUAAUCCGAAAACAUGGAGACCUACUACAACCACCACCGUCACCACCGGUCACGAUAAUUCGACCAACGACACAUGGCCGGAUAUAACGUCAUCGCCCGUCCCUCGGGAAUUGUUCACGACGACGACGACGACGACUUCUACAACAGACUCUCUGCUAAACUCCAGGAUCAGAGUCUUAAGCAUCAUUAUUGCGGUUCUGGUGACGGUGGUGAUUGUUCUCGGGGUACUGCUCACCCUUCGCCGCGGAUGCGGCAAAGUCUGCAGGAGAAGAAGGAAGCCAUCAAAACUUAAACCUCUGCCUCCUGCUGAAACCCUAUACGGGAACGCCUUUUCGAUAGACGACGAGGAAGAGUGUGUUGGUUCAAGUUCAUUGGAACUGCAGGAAUCUCCCCGAAGACGCCACCGCAAAGAAAAGAAAAAUUGACUGACCGUGUUAGUUUUGAGAUUUUCUGUGUGCACGUGUAUGACGUAUCUAGAUACCGAAACAGUUUUGUAGAUUUCAUCUGAAUGUGUAGACACUGCAUCAGUUAAAAUGUUUGUAUGUAUGUAUGUAUCUGAAUGUAUCAGUUAAAACGUAGGUGUAGAUGCUGUAUCAGUCAAAAUGUAUGUAUGUACAUGUAUAUUGUAUCAGUUAAAUUUUAUGUAUGUAUGGUGUAUCUGAGUCUGUAGAUACUGUGUCAGUUAAACUGUAUGUAUGGUGUACGUAUGAUGUAUCUAAAUGUGUAGAUAUCAUGACAGUUUGUAGGUAUAGGUUUGAUGUAUCUGAAUGUCUUUGUGUGUAGAUGAUACUUGAAAGCGCGUUGGUUUCAAAGUGCAAAGAUACUGUAUGUAUCUGUACAAAUCUGUAUGCGUAUCUGAGUUUGAAGAUACAAAUAGGUUUGUGAGAGUGUGAGUGUGAGUGUGUGUUUGUGUGAGGGUUUGUGUGUGUUUGUGUGAGGGUUUGUGUGUGUGUGUGUGUGUGUGUGUUUGUGUGUGUGACUAAAUGAUAUACACGUAUUAACGAUAAUAAAAUUUAAGAAAAACCAAAUAUAUAUGCUGUUAUUUAUUUAUUUUCCCUCUUCUAUAGAGAAAAUUCUCAGAGAUAAGUCUCAGUUAUGGAGACACUGUAACUCAGUUAUGGAGACACUGUAAAUCAGUUAUGGAGACACUGUAACUCAGUU